GACAUAGUAGAAGCACAACAAAUUCCCGAAGAACCAAUAAUAGACCCUGUAGCAGAGAUGGGUCUUCAAAUAAUUGUAUUUUCUGGUGUACAUACGGACCUUAACGUAGAGGGGCAACAAAUAGUUGAAGAUGAAGUUGUAGCAGGAUCACCUGUCCUAGCAGUGACAACUGAAGGAGAUGUACCAGAUGCUGUUAAUGUGUUAUUUGGAAUUUGUUUUUGAUACAUAGUCUUAUAUCAUCUAAAUUACUUGUGUAUUUCAGAUGAGCAGGUGAUGUGACAUAAUUUCUUUUUUCUUGUAGCCUCUUCCAGCUGUCCCCCAGAUCGACUAUCCCGGCAGAUCUAUGAUAUCAGCUGAAACGCAGACGGUGAUCGAUCAGGUCAUGGCGAAGUACAUCAAUGAGAGUGAUAUUAUAGUGCACUUGAAAAACAUUUUUAUAGAUUGUCGGGCAAUGAUGGAGUUAUUAUGCAAUGGCAUGGUAGCAAAUGAUCAUGUCGACGCUCAGGCUAUGAUUUUGAACAAUAAGAGGAAUGCAGAUCCAUCUCUUUUUAGGCCCUACAUUUAUGUAUCACCACUGUACUGGGCAUAUCAUAAAAUGGGUAACCCCAAAUCAUUUCUGACUCAUAUCACCAAAGAAGCAGUUCUUAAAGCUGAUAUCAUUAUGAUUCCUGUUCUGAACAACCAACACUGGGUUUUAUUGGUCGCUGAGCUGCGUGAGGGGAAGUGGAAAAUGUACGACUCAUUACCCAACCAGAUGCACAAAGCCGUGUGCAACGACGUUGUAAGUUAAUCUCAAUUG